CGAAUUGGGGAUUUUUCUUUUUCACCUGCUCAAAGACUGAAGAUGCCUCGCUACGAUGAUCGAUAUGGGAAUUCUCGGCUGUAUGUUGGUCGCUUGGCUUCACGCACCCGGACGCGUGAUCUGGACCGGAUUUUCAGCCGAUACGGGAGGUUUCCUGGGGUUUGGCCUUACUUGGAGGUCUAUGACUCUAUGGUGAGAGGGUGAUGGCUUUGGUGGAAUUGGUGGAAAUAUCUGCCGAGUGUAUAGGAGACUUUGGCGAUUCUUUCUGUAGUCUUAUUGUGCGUGUUUUUAUGCAAAUGGCAACAAACUCAAUCUGGUGUUUUGUUCGUCUGUGACGGGCGAAGUACCAUACACUUGAAGUUCUUAAGUAAUGAUAGCCUUACUGUUUCUGGUUUCUGGCAACCGUUUACGCAGAGUACGCGAUGUGGACAUGAAGCGAGAGUUUGCUUUUGUUGAAUUUUAUGAUCCACGAGAUGCUGAUGAUGCAAGAUAUGGCUUAGAUGGAAGGGAAGUUGAUGGUAGUCGUUUGAUUGUGGAGUUUGCUAAGGGGGCUCCACGCGGUUCUAGGGAAUACAUGGGCAGAGGUCCACCACCUGGAGCUGGGCGCUGUUUUAAUUGUGGUAUUGAUGGCCACUGGGCUCGUGAUUGCAAGGCUGGGGAUUGGAAGAAUAAGUGCUAUCGCUGUGGAGAAAGAGGCCACAUUGAGAGGCAGUGCAAAAACAGCCCAAAAGAAUUGAGGCGUGAGCGUAGUCGUUCACGUUCUCCUCGCCGAGGCAGAUCUCGUAGCCCAAGCUACAGCCGAAGCUACAGUCGAUCAAGAUCUCCACCAAGGAGAGGACGGAGCUUGGAAAGGGAUGAUAGAUCUCGGAGCCCUUCUUACAGAAGCCGUGAUCUGAGCAUCAGUCCAGUGCCUUCGAAGGGGAGGAACCGCAGCCUUACACCCGUGGAUGAUAGCCCCCGGGGAAGGGGUAGCCCUUCUCCCAGAAAUGGCAGCUUGGGCCCCAGAGAUGGUAGCAGAACUCCUAGCCCUGAGAGAACCACUCCCCGCCUUCCUUAUGGUCCUACCCCUCCGGACAGGAGCCCUGGUGAUGAGGAUGAGGAUGACAACCGCCGCUCUCCUUGAUAUUGAUGAUGGUUUCAAAUGUUAUAAAGAAUGUUGGUCUGCUGGACAAACUUUUUAGUCUGCUAGACAUUGUAGUGACUGUACUUUGUUGUGCCUUGUUCUGAGCAGAGUUGACUAGCUUGUUCUGUGACGUAUUUUAGAACUUAUGAAGUUUGUUAUUGUUAUUUGUUUAUUAGCUUUUAAUAUUUUGGUGCUGAUUCUUAUUCAGA